AUGCCCGCCAGCUCCCGCAUCCUCCAUGGUAUGGGAUUCUACGUUUCCGUCGACCUCGUUGAGCCAGAGCGCGCCCUCCAAAUCGUCCGUGAAAUCCGCGACAUGACGGGGCGCACCUUCAAGGACCCCCUUGACCGCCGCGUCACACACAUCAUCGUGGACAUUCCGCACGACGAUGCCUGGGACCAGCGAGAGUCUGUUUCGCUCCCCGACAUCCACUAUGGCCCCGACGCGAAUGGCCGCUGGGACAUGUUCAACCUCAUGGGCCGCUUUGCGCGUCCGGACUCCGGCGUGAUCGUCCUGCCUCUCCAGUGGCUCCGGGCCUGUCAGGAGCAGCAGCGUUUUGUGGGCAGCGGAGUGAACGAGCCCGAGUAUGGCGGAUUCCGUAUCCUCAUCUGGAUCGACCCCACCGCCGACCCCAACGACUGGGAGGACGUUGACGAGUACGACCCGGUCCCCGCCUCCUCCGACAGCGACAGCAUGAGUUCUGAUAAUUCAAUGUCUUGGGCGUACAGUUAG